AUGGCACUCAGCCAGCAGCAGUCCAAACUGACUUUAGCUAACACUCUUUACUUCCCCAGAAUACCUAUCAGCAUCUUUCUGGACACAUAUGCUAUCUAUGGAGCAUACUUUGGAACAAGCCGAGGAGAUAUGGUUACAGUUAGAUAUUCCUUUUCAAAGAAAUCACAUGCUGGGGAAACCAAGUUAGGUGUUGGAAAGAUCAAAGGCCUGAUUAGAACAGAGAAUCAAAGCCUGCCUCCAGCUGAAGAGGAGUAA